UCGUCGGGACGCGACUAUUCCGCCUAACCCACAACGCACAAAUGGUUUCUGUGAAAUAUGGGGAAUUCGCGUCUCCGCAGCCAAGCACUCGGUGCGAUUCAAAUUGUAUUCCCCGAUUUUUGAAAACAGUUCCUCCGCCCAUCGUAUCCCCCUAAAUCGGAAUACGUCCUCAAUCUGAGUGUGCACGCACUUCAGUGUAGUGCAGUAUGCACGCACGACUAGUAACCCAAGCCUUGGCCCAGUUGGCCGAUCUCAUUCCCAGGUGGUAGAUUGCUCGUUUGUUUGUUUGUUUGUUUGUUUGUUUGUGUGUAUGUGUUUUAGUGUGUGGGUCAGAUAGGUAGACUUCGUUUUGUGUUUUGAUCAUGACCCAGCUUCGGUCGUGGCCACUGGAUUUGGCUUUGAGGGGAGAAGGAGAGAGUGUUUAUGUAAUACUGCUGUGAGGUGGGGAAGAAACGAGUGAAGCAAUGGCGGGAGGAACUGGAGAGCAGAAGUCGUUGGAGCAGACGCCGACAUGGACCGUGGCAGUGGUGUGCACGGUGUUCGUGAUUGCGUCCCUUUUGGUGGAGCGAUUAAUUCACCGUCUUGGCCAGAAUUUCAAAAAGGCGAAGAAGAAAGAACUGUUCCAUACGCUUGAGCAGAUCAAGAAUGAGUUGAUGAUCCUGGGAUUCAUUUCCCUAUUCCUUACGGUGUUUCAAAACAAAAUAGCCUCCAUUUGCAUUUCGGAGUCGUUGAAUUCCAAACUGCUACCUUGCCCAUAUAGACCUCCUGUGGCCGAGGCUCCAGUUGCACGGCGUCGGCGAUUACUUGCAACCGAGGCUGUUUCUCAAACUGGGUGCAAAGCGGGCUUUGUGCCAGUGAUUUCUGUGGAAGGUCUCCACCAGCUUCAUAUAUUUAUCUUCGUCUUGGCUAUCAUUCACGUUAUUUACAGCUGCAUUACCGUUCUUGUAGGCGUGUUGCAAGUGCACAGCUGGAAGAAGUGGGAGUUGGAUUCCCACAAAGACGCACUCUCAGCUGCAGACGACGCCUUGGAUACGAAGCACACCCAUCACCAAUUUGCUCAAGACCGGGUCAGAUACAAAUUUCUCCACACGACAGUAACUGGCCUGAAUCUCGACAGUUACAUCUACAGCUUCUUCAGGCAAUUCGGAAAGCCUAUCUAUAGAUCCGACUACUUAAGUCUUCGUUUGGGCUUCAUUGCUAAACACAGACUUCCUGUAGAUUACGAUUUCCACAGUUACAUUGGACGCGCUAUGGAGGACGACUUCAAACAUGUGGUUGGCAUUAGUAUUUUCUUAUGGGGGUUUGUCUGCCUUUUCCUCCUCUUGGAUCUAGACGGCUGGUAUACUUAUUUCUGGAUAGCGUUCAUACCUACAAUUUUGGUACUGAUCGUUGGAGCAAAGUUGCAGCAUAUCAUUCUCACUUUAGCAAUUGACGUGCGAGGAGGUGUGAAUACGGUUGAACUGAAUUCAGCAAAUGACCUUGAUGACAGUCACAAGGAUGAAGAAACACUGGACAAGAUCGUCAAACCGGUUAUUCGGGAUGACUUAUUUUGGUUUGACAGGCCCACUCUUCUGCUGAAAUUGAUUCACGUCAUUCUCUUUCAGAAUGCCUUCGAGCUUGCCUUCUUCUUCUGGGCUAUGUUUACGUUUGGUUUUAAUUCCUGUCUAGUAGGAAAAAGAUGGAUGAUCCUCGUUCGCCUUGGGAUGGGCGUUUUUGUGCAGGUUCUGUGCAGUGCGAGUACUUUACCCCUUUAUGCCCUGGUCAGCCAGAUGGGAUCCAACAUCAAGUUACAGCAUGCUUUCUCUGAAACCACACGAUCUGGCAUUUCAAAGUGGCGUGAAAAAGCUGUGAAGAGUUCAAAACCACAUCCCAAGCCCAAGGAAAAAUUACAUUCCAAGCCUAAGGAGAAACCACGGCAAUUGGCUGGCAUUGUAGGCAUCAAUAAGGAAGUAGAUGAGCAAGGUCGCGCUAGGAGCAUUGAGCUUCCUCAGCGUGGUACUCAGCAUGGUCACAAACAACAUCCACACCCUCACGGUCAUCACCAGCACCCACAUCCUCCUCAUCAUGAGGGUUCACAUGUUGUAGAGAUUAAUGACGCACCAGACAUGAACAUUCGAAGCUCUGCAUCUAAUACAAAUUCAGAGAACGCGUCUUCUGUACCCAACAUUUUCCAAAUUGCUGCUGCAAAAAUGGCAGAGAAAAAGUCUGGAAGUACACAAAAUGAUAGUACACCCUAGAUUGUGAAACCUGACGAAAUCACGUACAUUUUUCAAUAGAUUCAAAACGAAGGUCACAGGACCCUGUCAUGAGAAAAUACGAGUAUUUCAUUCUCUGGGUUCCACAGGUUUAAAAUUAUGAAAAAGGGCUUUUUUGAGGCCUGUGACUAACGCAUUAGUCUUUAUUGCACACCUAGUGAAAUUCCGAGUUGCAAAAAAUACUACUACAGCCAGAGUGAAAAGGCAAUUUCUACAACACAUCGAGUAAAUCGUUGAUUCUAUUUGUCAAUUUCCAGUCCUUCUCUUUAGUAAUGUAUUUCUCUCCGCUUUGAUGAA